AUGCGAGAAACCACCAAAAACAAUCUGGAAACUGUCAAAAUGCUGUGGUACUCAAAGGCAGAUGUACAAUCUCGGAUUGCUAAAGCCACUGGAAUAUAUGAUGGGCUGCGAAAAUCUGGAGUUGCAUUACAGUACCCUGCCUAUGUUAAACAAGGUUCUCCAGGAUGUCUAAAUAUUUCAAUUUCUGGAAGCAUACCAGAAGAUUUUGUAAUAUUUUUACGUUUCAACAAAUCAAGUAUAUGUAAUUUGGCUGGAAUUCCUGGUUCUGAUCCAUUUAUAGACAUAAACAAAAACUACAGGGGUAGGAUAACAUGUAAUGUGGAUACAUCAAUGAACCGUGUAUAUAUAUGUUUUACAACUUCUGUAAACACAACUGAUGCUGGAGUAUAUUUCGCAGAAUUAACGAUAAGCUCUGUCAAAACGAAUAAUACGCUGUUCGUCAUGACUCCACCAAGUAAACCAACCAUUAAUGUGAACGGUAUAAUUAUCUCCAACACGGUGCAUAACUUGACCUGUUCAGCCUUGUCCACGUCAAUGCCAAUGACAGGACUACCUAUAACCUAUGUCUGGACCGUCAAUGACGCUAACAUCACAGACUCUCGCUUCAAAAUCACUGGACAGGGAGGUGAUGUGUUGACGAUAAACCAAGUUAAAAAGCAAGAUAAAGGAACAAUUGUUCAGUGUAUAGCCAAAGAAGAAAAAGGAUUGUUGUCCGAACCGAGUAACGAGGAAACGUUAGAUGUUUUGUAUAUACCGGAAAUCUACGUCACGCCUUCCACAAACAUUGCUGCUAAACUGGGUGACAGUAAUCUUCAAUUUAAGUGUAUUGUUGAUGAUGCCAACCCUAGCACUGGGCUGAACUACAGAUGGACUAAAGGAGGCUAUCAAAUCAGCACAAAUCAGACCUAUAUCAUUUCAACUGUGCGUAAAUCUGACCAAGGGACAUUCCAGUGUACUGCUGGAAACAGUGUCGGAACAUCUAUUCCCUCAACCAUUAACGUGGAAGUAGUAUAUAUUCCUGAAAUAGAGAAUUUUACUAUAGUUGGUGGACGCGUCGUAAAUGAAUUAUCUCGGUUCAUUAUGGUUUGUAUUGUAAACAGUCCUAGACCUGCAAACAUUACCUUACAGAACGGAAACACCAGCGAAGUUGUCAGCAGAGGUUAUGGUGUAUUCUCACUAAAUUUUACAGAAAACUCAGCUCAGUGUUUCCAGACAGCAGUUUAUAUAUGUUUGGCUCAGAAUGUUAUUGGGAUUUCUGAAUCUACUUCAUUGGAAUUAUACGUAAGAUGUAAACCAAGAUCUGUGAAUGGACUAUUCUUCCAACAAAUGUCAACAAAUAAGCUGCAAAUUUCGGCAACGUAUAUAGCAUACCCUAUUCCUUCCAUCCAAUGGACCUUUCGGAAAUCCAGUACUUCAGCAGAAAAAUAUAUAUCCAGUAAUUUCUGGAACACAGCAAUUAUAACCGCAACAAACAUAUCAACAUUUUCUGUAAAUUAUAACAAGGAUUCCCUUCAAACAGACGAGUUUGGAUAUUACACAGCAAAUGUUAGAAAUGACCAAGGAUCCUUCCUAGCGACAUUUCUCAUAAUGCCAGAAGGCAUACCGGAUACACCACGGAAUAUGUCGGUUAUUUGUUCAAUAGCGGGAACAGCUUUUGUUAGUUGGAUUCCGGGUUCUGACGGCGGAGUAGGACAAAUUUUUAUUUUAUCAUACAAAAAAGCCACUGCACCUCAAGCUCAACUAAAUACCUCUAUCAUCUCAGGAAUCAGUGUCAUCAUUCCUAAUUUGGAAAAUGAACUAUAUACAUUUACUCUUAUUGCUUUGAAUAAAAACGGAGAAUCAGCUCCUGUGCAAGACGCUUGUCAAAUACAAAAAUUGGAUAAAGAAUGUGGAUCCCUAACAUCAGUAUUCGGGUCGUUGUUUGGGAUUUUCCUUUUGAUAUGCAUAGGCCUUCUCACAUUUAUCAUCGUAACAAAGUGUCUUCAAAGUAGAGAUAUAAGCUGUGGUGAGAAAAAAGUUAAAAAUCCAGAUUACGUUAUGGAGGACAUUACGAAGGACGAGGACCAUCAGUAUUCAGACGUCGCCAAAGAAACGGGUGAAGGUGUUAAUCAAGAGCAAACAUCGAGAUCCCAGUAUGAUGAGCUUGACAGUUACAGACAAGGAAAUGUUUAUGCUAAAGUAGUGGGUGAUCACUCAGAUAAUUAUAUGAAUACAACGUAGAUUUAUUUCAUCGUAAAAGAAUACAGCAUGCCUCUACUGUGUACGAAAAGGCUUCUUAGUGACAUUGACACUAAUUUAAAAGUGAUUGAUUUU